AUUUAUGUUCACAUAAUUAAAUAAGAAAUUAACCCUUACAUCUUCAUUCAAAACUGCUCCAAAUAUAGGGUUAAUAAAAUAUUGGGGAAAAUGGAAUGAAAAAGAAAUUAUUCCAUUAAAUACCAAUAUAGGAGUGACUUUAAAUCCUAAAGAUAUAUUUACAACAACUACGUUAACUUUGAAUCCAGAAUCACAUAAAAAUGAAUUACUUAUAAAUGGAAAAGACUUUGCUAUAAGUAAUAGAAUUGAAAGACUGUUCAAUAUAUUUAGAGAACAAAUACAACAAUCUAAAUAAUUAACAUGUAAUAGAUACAAGAAUUCCCCUUCUGAUAAAUUAUUAGGAUAGCUAAUACCAGAUAUUGAUAAAUAUGGAAUUAGAGUUGAAUCAAAUAAUUCAUUUCCUACUGGCAGUGGAUUAGCUUCAUCAUCAUCAGGAUUAUCAGCUUUGGCAUUAUGUUUAUAAGAUAUUUUAAAGACUAACAUUGAUGUUAGAUAUCUAAGCAGAAUUGGUUCAGGAAGUGCAUGUCGAUGUUUGUAUGGCAACUUUGUAUUAUUUCCAGGAGUCUAAUUAAACAACUUAGAUAAAUGCGAUCAAGAAACUAUUAAUCUGGAAAGUAAAAGAUGUUUGCCUUAUGAAAUUCAAAAUAGCAGAUGGUUGAAAGAUAAAGUUUCGAUUGUCAUAUUAACAGAUACACAUUAAGGUUAAAAAGAUGUACUAUCAAAGGAUGGUAUGAAAAUGACCUGGGAAACUAGUAAAUUAAUUUAAGGAAGAGUUAGACAAUUUGUUGAAUAACAUAUCCAAGAAUUGUAAACAGCUUUAGAAAAUCAAGAUUUUAAUAAAGUGAUGGAAAUAAUAAUUAAAGAUAGUAAUUAAUUUCAUGCUACAUGUAUGGAUACAUAUCCUCCACUAUUAUAUUUAAAUGAUUUCUCUAGACAAAUAAUUUAAAUGGUUCAUAUUUAUAAUAGGAAUGCUAAAAAUAUUGUUGGUUAUACAUUUGAUGCAGGUGCUCAUGCAGUUUUGUUGAUUCAUAAUGAUGAACUGUUAUCUUUUAAGAAUUUCUUAGCAAAUGCAUGUAAAAUAACAUAAAUAUAUAUUAGAAAAUCUAUUUACUAAAUCUAAGUACAUAAUUCCAAGUUAACAGUUUUGGACUUCUAUUGGAGAUGGUCCAAUCAAUUAGAAUUGA